CAAAGCGUUGGUCACGAAACUACAUAUUUCAUAGUAUCUUACUUCGGCGCGGAUUAUACCCAAAGCCAUCCAAAAAAAACUCAUCAAGAGCACAGGACUUAUAUAAAUCGAGCGAACGCCGUUGCCAUUAUUCUUCUUGGGGCAGAAUAUAGAAACGGCGAUAAUACCAAACUAUCGCUAGUGAGGAAAAAGCCUUCCCCUUUCUACUUUGUGGGUACAUAAGUGGCAAAAAGAAUCAAGAAAAAAACCCCCCGACGAUGGGAAGCUUUACAGCUGUUGUGAACGGCAAUGCCGAAUCCACCUACCCUGAAUCGAGGGUGCUCAUAAUCAUCACCGGAGGCACCAUUUGCAUGCAACCGUCGGCAGGCGGUCUGGUGCCUGUUGAUGGAUUUAUCGACAGCGCAAUGGCCCCCAGGCCGUCAUUCAAUGACAUGACAGAGAGAAUUCCGUUAAGCGCCGUCAAGGAUGGUAAGAAUAUCACGAUAGAUAGCUUGCGCACGCCUCCAAGCUCAUACUCGAGGCAUAUCCGAUAUGGUGCUCUCGAAUUCUCGCCGCUACUUGACUCUUCCAGUAUUAGUAGUUUCGGCUGGACGCAGAUCGCGACUACUAUCCGGGCAAAUUACCACCUCUUUGACGGCUUUGUCGUGCUUCAUGGAACCGAUUCUCUAGCGUAUUCAGCCUCGGCCUUGUCUUUCAUGAUGGAAGAUCUAGGCAAGCCCGUUAUUCUCACAGGCUCGCAAGCGUCCAUCUUCGCGCUGCAGUCAGACGCCGUGGACAACUUACUUGGCUCUCUCAUCAUCGCCGGCACAUUCUUGAUCCCGGAAGUGUGCCUUUUCUUUCACCACACACUAUUCCGCGGAAACCGCACCACCAAGAUCUCCGCCUCGUCCUUCGAGGCCUUCGCCAGCCCCAACUGCGACCCCCUGGCCAAAGUCACUAGUCUUGGCGUCGACGUCAACUGGGCCCUCGUUAGACGGCCCACCAAGAUCGCUCAGUUCCAGAUCUUCUCGUACCUCGACACGGCCCACGUCGCCUGUGUCCGCAUCUUCCCCGGAAUCAAGCCGGAGAUGGUCGACUACGUCCUCCGGGUCCCGGACCUGCGCGGGCUGAUCCUUGAGACGUUCGGCAUGGGCAACGCGCCGGCGGGCGUAGACGGCAGCCUGACCAAGGUCAUCGCGUCGGCCGUCGAGCGCGGCAUCGUUGUCGUCAACAUCAGCCAGUGCACCAAUGGCUUCGUCUCGCCUCUCUACGCCCCCGGGUUCGCCCUCGGCCGCGCCGGCGUCGUCUUCGGCCACGACCUCACCUCCGAAGCCGCACUCACCAAGCUCUCCUACCUCCUCGCGCUCCCCGGCAUCUCCUCCGCCAAAGACAUCGCCGAACGCAUGGGCCGCUCGCUCCGCGGCGAGCUAACCGAGCUCGUCCGCCCCUCCUUCUCGCACCCCACCGAGAAGAGCCUCGACACAGCAAUGGCCGGGUCCAGCCUGACCACCGCCGAAACCGCCUUCGCAGCACUAGGCUACGCGAUCGCGGCCGGCAACGCCAAGGCCGCGGCCGAGAUCCUCGACGCCGACGGCGAGGACGUCCUGCAGCGCGCAGACUACAUGGGCAACACCGCCGUGCACCUCGCCUCCGUGGGGCCCGAGCCCGCCAUCCUCAAGGACCUCCUCGUCCGCGGCGCCAGUGUCCACGCAAGGAACCGGGCUAACAACACCCCGCUGUUCCUCGCUGAGCGCACGGCCAACGCGGAGUGCGUCCGCUUGCUGCGCGAGGCGGGCGCGAGGCUGUGGGUUGAGCAGGGGACGGGGGUUAGUACUUAGGUACGGGUGUGGACUGGGCGUUUUAUGUAUGUGUGAAAGAGAAGAAGAAGG